CCUAUGAACAACUGCAUGCCGCUCACGCUUUGAAAUGCCUUCAAAGACCUUGGGUUGGGUCAUUUCUUGCAGUUGAGUUUACGAUCAGUUGUUUCGCUAAGGGACAUCAGGAGUGGAACCACUGAUCAAAAUGGGUGACACUACAGGGUUGUCAAAUGGAGAAGCUAAGCAAUAUUGCAAAGAACCAGAUCCAUCAACAAAGGAUUUUAUAUUCCAACAAACAAUGUAUCGUAUUAAAGACCCAAGGCGCUCAUUAGAAUUCUACACGAAUGUUAUGGGCAUGCGAUUGCUUCAGAAGCUAGAUUUCCCGGAAAUGAAGUUUUCAUUGUAUUUUAUGGGUUAUGAAAAACAGGAAGACAUACCAGCAGAUUUACAGCAACAGACGAAGUGGACAUUUUCCAGAAAAGCAACAUUGGAAUUAACACAUAAUUGGGGAACUGAAAGUGAUCCUGAUUGCAAGUAUCACAAUGGAAAUGCAGAACCAAGAGGCUAUGGUCAUAUUGGUGUGAUGGUACCAGAUGUGGACAAAGCUUGUGAGAGAUUUGAGAAGCUUGGAGUUGAGUUUGUUAAGAAACCAAAUGAUGGAAAAAUGAAAGGAAUUGCUUUUAUUAAGGAUCCUGAUGGCUACUGGAUUGAGAUACUGAACUGUAACAACAUGGCAAGUUUAGUGGCGGCCUCAGGAGUGUAAUUUCUGUGCCAUGCCAGUGUCAUAUGAUUUAUAUUUUUGUGCACAUAAAGUCUGUAUAUUGUAACCUUUUUUUUUUUUUUUGAGAAAAUAAAGCAUCUUACAUUAUUAGACACUUCA